GACAACUUGAAGUACUUCUAUGUCUUUUUCCCAAGCUGUUCAUCAUGUCAAUGCGCAAUUGCGCAGCUAGGAAACCCUCAGCUGUAAUACCAAUGACAUGACAAGCGUGUCUCACCAGAGCAAGCUUCCUGCUGUGACCCCAUUCCCGUGAAAGGGGUUGUCAGAUUUCCUCAUAAUAAUCAGGUGAGCUUUCUCUCUAUGAAUUCCCUGCGACCUAAUCGUGGACGCUGUUGGGGGCACCGCUCUGUUUAUUGAAGACAUUUGGAGCCUGGGGAGCUAGGUGCGCAUGACAAUGUAUUGGACUCAUAUAUGUUGUCACUGCACCUCACGAUGACAGUUCGCAUCAGGACUGUGGAUGCACUCAUCAAAAGCCUGGAUAUUUGAGAGGAAGCACCAUGGACGCAGCGGAUAUAGUUGCUUCCCUGUUGGUUUCGGGGAUUAUUGCCGUGUCGCUGCUGUCCAACGUUGUGGUGCUGAUCUGCUUUCUGUACAACCCGGAGAUCCGCAAACAGGUACCCGGUCUGUUUAUUCUCAACUUGACGUUUUGCAACCUGUUGCUAAGCGUGUCCAACAUGCCACUAACUCUUGCUGGGCUCAUCACCACGGGAUACCCCGGAGGCAGCAGCUUCUGUCAAAUUGUGGGUUUCCUCGAUACUUUUCUCACCACAAACUCCAUGCUCAGCAUGGCAGCGCUAAGCAUCGAUAGAUGGGUGGCAGUGGUGUUCCCACUGAGCUAUCACUCAAGAAUAAGGCACCGGGAUGCACUGAUAGCGCUGGGAUACACGUGGACACACUCACUUUGCUUCUCCACAGUGGCGACUUUCCGCUCAUGGGUCGGGUACCACCACCUUUACGCAUCGUGCACUCUCUGCAAUGUCAAGGCUAAGGGAACCGGGACGCAGUUCAUCAUUUUCACCGUGGCUUUGCACUCUCUAACUUUCCUCAUUACGCUGAUUGUGUUGUGUGUAACAUAUCUGAAAGUGCUGAAAGUUGCAAGGUUUCACUGUAAACGCAUCGACGUGAUCACAAUGCAGACGUUGGUGCUCCUCGUGGAUAUUCACCCCAGCGUGCGUCAGAAAUGCUUGGAUGAGCAGAAGCGGAGGAGGCAGAGGGCUACCAAGAAGAUCAGUACAUUCAUUGGCACAUUUGUGGUGUGCUUCACACCUUAUGUCAUUACAAGAAUUGUAGAACUGUUCUCCACAGAGUCCAUAAACCCUCAGUGGGGUGUGCUGUCCAAAUGUUUGGCCUACAGCAAGGCAGCAAGUGACCCAUUUGUCUACUCGCUUCUGCGUCACCAGUACAGGAAGACCUACAGCCUUCUGGCUAACAAAAUCCUCAAGAGGAGCCCGCUCAACUCCUCCUCCCUCAGGGUGGAGAACAGUAUUGGGCAGAGCAACAUCUCCGAAACAACCAACAACACCCAACUACCUGCCAACAACUUGGCCAACAAGUCAUCACUUAGCUAGAGAUGUCUCGGAUUUGAUGUCUCUGACAUUAAUGCUGAUGAGCAGAAGGGUGUGAUAGUAGAUUGACCUUUUAGUGAUGGUGUAACAUCAGAGUGAGCAAGCUUUUCUUCUAGUUACUUACUAAAGGACAAAGCUGGCAAAAUGUUGUGUUUUUCUAACUGUCAACAAAACCUGUGGAAAGACCCGAACUAACAAUGUGUUAAUCCAAACUAUUUGACUUUCCCAGUUGGUUUGAGGCGCUCAGGCCCAAACUCAUCUGAUGCUAACCAGGACACAAG